CAUUAUGAGCUAUGAUUUUUAUAUUCGUUUACCUAAUGAAACAUAUUUCUUUCUUUCAUAUAUUUUUUGCUCAGGAUCCAGAGCCAGAAUCAACAUGAUGAACUGCAGCAGCACAAAGGCAAAAUGCAUUCGAAUCGUGCUUGGAAUGUUGCUCCUUUGUCAGCUCGUGCAUGACACCGGUGCAUCCUACCAACAACCACAAAAACAACAACAACAACAAUUGCAGCAAAACGACUUAUUGGAAGAUUCCUCAGUGGAAACCCAAGUGUCGCGUCUGGCCCGACUCAUGGCCAUCGACCACGACUCACAACUGACGCAAUUCCCAGACGAACACGAUCCCGACGACGAUGAAGAUACUAACGAUGAUGAUAAUCACCACCAGAACAAGAUCAACGACGCAGACGACACUGAAAUUGAGGCAUUAGUUGGGACGCCUGGCGUGAAAAGGGCUGUCGAACGUUUGCCGCGAGACCCGCCAACCAUUCCGCACAUGCGAAUCACGCCGGAAGAAUUUGUGCGCAAAUUACUGCUUCGCAAUGAUGGGGGCAAUAAGGCUAAAAGACUGGCGUUUGAGCCAGCAGCAGCAUAUUUGCAGAGAGCCGAACAUCAGCAGAUGCUUUUGUCGCGUAUGAUCAAAGAUCUGUUGGAAGGCAACAACGAAGCCCGUUCCAGGUGGUUUCGAAUCCGCAAUGAGCUUGGCACAGCACUGAAACGUCGCAUUCCCGACGUCAUUGAUGAUUCUUCUCCGGACCUGAUGACGCGUCAGAGUCGACCAAGGAUUCAACCACUCCGCUGGGGCUGAGUCUGUUUAAAAGCGAGAAAAGGCAUCUUAAAACCAUCAGAAAAAAAAGAGAAAAGAAUGCACGAUACACGCUGGAAGCUGCGCAAUUUGUUUUUUUUUUUUCAUUGAAUUAUUUAUCUAUAUGUUUAAUCUUUGGAUAUUUCUUGAGCUGGGUUUCAAUCAACUUUGAUGAUUCGGCCAGUACUUAUUGUAUCGAAAAGAUCUCGUUCAUUCCGUUAGCAUUUAAAAACAAGCGAUGAAUUGCAUGAAACGCAGGUAGACGGGAAUUUUCUUAAACUUUUCUUUAUUGGGGAAUGAUUGUACCAAUGAAUAAAUAAAACC